ACGCAACCUUGCAAGUCAAAAUACAUCGACAGAUCUUUCUUCGAUCUUGUGUGCCGACAUCAGUUAUGGAGCUGACACUCUUGUCCGUGUGCAUCUCGCUACUCUGUAUUCCACUUCUGUGCUUCCUAUGGAGGAAGUCGACGACCAAGCUCCCCGCCGGUGCGCCUGCACCGCCGGGCCCGACGCCGUUCCCGGUCAUCGGCAAUAUUCCCAAUCUGCUACGGGGCGGCGAGCUGCAUCGCGCACUCGCUGGCCUGUCGGCGUCCUACGGCCCCGUAAUGUCCUUACGGCUCGGCAUGGCGACCACCGUCGUGCUGUCGUCGCCGGCCGCCGCGCACGAGGCGCUCCACAAGAAGGACGGCGCAGUCUCGAACCGGUGGGUCCCUGACAGCGCCAACGUCAUGGGCCACAGCGGCAUCUCCAUGGUGUGGCUCCCGAGCUCCAGUCCGCUGUGGAAGCACCUGCGCACCGUGGCGAGCACCCUGCUCUUCACGUCUCGGCGGCUCGGCGCUAGCCGCGCCAUCCAGGAGCAGAAGGUCCGGGAGCUCGUGGCCCACUUCAGCGCGAGCUCCGGAAGUCCGGUGCGCAUCGCGCUCCCGGUGUUCAGCGCCGUGCUCAACAUGAUGUCCAGUGUCCUGUUCUCGGAAGACGUCGUCAAGCUGGGGUCGGUGACCGGGCAGGAGUUCAAGGAGCUUAUCGCCGACUCCGUCGCGGAGACGACCAAGCCCAACAUCUCCGACUUCUAUCCAUUCCUCAGCGGUCUCGACCUCAGCCGCCGUCGCCGCGCGGUCACGGCGAAUCUCGAUAGAUUCUACCAGUUCUUCGAUGCUGUCAUAGACCGUCGGCUGAGCAGCACCACCGAGACGCACGGUGACCUGCUGGAUUCGCUGCUGGAUCUCCACGCCAAGUCCCAGCUCGAGCGGCCGGUGAUUCGAGCUCUCCUCACGGAUCUGUUCAUUGCUGGGAGCCACACGACCACGACGACGGUGGAGUGGGCGAUGGCGGAGCUUCUCCGCAACCCGACCAAAAUGGCCAAGGCACGUGCCGAGCUCAAGGAAGCGUUUGGAUCCGGCAAUGCAGAGGAAGGUGACCUCGCCAAGCUCCCGUACCUCCAGGCCGUUCUGAAGGAGACGCUGCGGCUGCACCCGCCUGGGCCGCUGUUGCUGCCGCACGAGGUGUCGGAGUCCGGCGUGACGCUCGGCGGCUUCUCGGUGCCCAAGGGCGCCCGCGUCUUCAUCAACGUUUGGGCCAUAGGAAGGGACCCCGAGGUGUGGCCGGAGCCGGAGGCGUUCACGCCGGAAAGGUUCUUGGAGAGGGAGGUGGACUUCCGGGGGAGGUCGUUCGAGUACAUACCGUUCGGGUCGGGGCGGAGGGCGUGCCCCGGGAUGCCGCUGGCCGUAGCGGUCGUGCCAAUGGUGCUGGCAUCGUUGCUCCACGUGUUUGAAUGGAGGCUGCCGGACGGGAUGGUGCCCGGCGACGUUGACCUCAGCGAUCGCUUCGGCGCCGCGCUGGAGCUUGCCGUUCCUCUCCGGGCCGUGCCGAUUUGGGCCAAAGGCUCACAAGAUUUGAGUCCUUGA